GGGACUCUAUGGAUAGAUAACAAGAGCUAUUCUAGUAAUACAGAGUAUAAUGGAGCUAUGCGGCUACGCGUUUUUGUAGUACCAAUUAUAUUUUGGUGGUUGAAUCCUACCUGUAAUGUUCCUAUACGAUAACCCCUAUUGUGGAGUGAAAUAACUUGGAUACGUCUUUGAUACAUGAUACCUGUAGGAGGUACCUAACCUAAUGCAACGUGCUGACCUUGACCGUUAGGAGUUGUACCCGCGGCCCCGGGCCCGGUUUACGAUUUGCGGAGUAUAGUGGAUCUAACGGAAUGCCGAGGCAAUCCUCCAUAAUGAAACCCCACUUGACCGGUCAAAGUAAAUUAAUUCCAAGGUGAGAGAGUUGGCUUAAUAAGACGUUGAACUUGAAAGUCUUAUUAGGUAUUUAAUUUACAAAUUCUACUAGGAAUUGACAUUUGGAACUCACCCCCUUUUUUUUUAACCCGAGACAAUUCAAUUCAGCAUUCAAUCCACUAUGUCUUCCCAACCAUCUUCUCCCAUCACAACACCACCACCCACCGUCCCAGACACCAUAAUCUCAUUUCCGCAGCCUCACGUCCUGCUCGUGACGCUCAACCGCCCAAAACAGCUCAACGCGAUACCGCGCCCCCAGCACUUCGCCCUCGAACGCCUGUGGGAUUGGUACGAUGCCGAGCCCGCCCUGCGCUGCGCCGUGAUCACCGGCUCGGGGAGGGCGUUCUGCGCAGGCGCCGACCUCAAGGAGUGGGAUACUCUCAACUCCUCCUCCUCCUCUCCUGACAGUCCCGAAAAUGCAAAAGCAUCUUCGGCAGAGGAGGAAAGCAGUCACCAGCAGCAGCAGCCGCAGACGAAACGCUUCCCGCCCGGCGGGUUCGGCGGCAUGAGCAACCGCGGCGGGCUGAAGCCGAUCGUGGCGGCGGUGAACGGGAUCUGCUUCGGGGGCGGGAUGGAGAUGGCGAUCAACUGCGACCUGGUGGUGGCGGCGGGGUCGGCGAGCUUCAGCCUCCCCGAGGUGACGAUCGGGGUGAUCGCGCUGGCGGGCGCGCUGCCGCGGCUCGUGCGCAGCGUGGGCAGGCAGCGGGCGGCGGAGAUGGCGCUGAGCGGGAAGAGGUACGGCGCGAGGGAAAUGCUGGCUUGGGGGUUGGUGAACGAGGUUGUGGAGGGCGGCAAGGAUGAUAAGGAUGAUGAUGGUGGUGGUGGUAGCAAGGCUGUGCUGGAGAAGGCGCUGGAAUGGGCGCAGCGGAUCGCGGGGAACAGCCCCGACGCGGUGAUCGUGUCGCGCGAGGGGCUCAAGUUAGGCUGGGAAAGCGUCGGGCCGGAGCAGGGGACGGCUAUCCUGCUGAAGGGGUGGUUUGCGCGGAUAGAGAAGGGGGAGAAUGCGGUCGAGGGCGUGAAGAGUUUCGUUGAGAGACGGAAACCGGUUUGGAAGAAUAGUAAAUUGUAAAUUAAAUACAGGUAGGUACCUCUACCUAACCUAACCUAACCUACUGUAAUCACUCAAGUUAUUGGGUUCGCUUUUUAGUAAUUACCUAGGCUUGGCAUGCUAAUAUAGCCAUUCUAAUGUUCAUUAUGCUCUUAUAAUAUCCACAUGAUCGACGAACU